AUGACACACAAAGCCGAAGACGAAGUGGACUGGAGUGACGGCACUCUGGACGACCCACCGUCCACGUCCACUGGCGCAUCAGGGGAUUCUGGCUAUGUCAGUUCUGCGGUGCAAGAGGACGACGGUCUUGACUAUCUCUUCGAGCCCCAGGAGGAAGGCGAGUAUGAUGUACCACGUCGGACAGCUCUGCCUCCAGCACCUGGGCAUCCGACUCUGACACGCGCCCAACGCGCCCACAUUGGCGUUCGCCUCAACCGUCACCAGCCCUCAGAGCAAGGCUAUGCUCAUUUUGAUCUCUACCAGGCCAAUCAAAAGGCUUACGAAGCUACCUUUCUCAAGCAAUUCGUCAAUCAUGCUUUGCAUCCUUCCCAAAUCGAGAGAUGCUUCCAGGAUGGCGCCAACGCCUAUUCGAACAUGCAGAAGUACAUCGCAUCCGUAUCCGCCAACAUCAACGGUGUUAUGAACAAAAUGACCUGGAAUGCUCAUUGUCGCGCCGUCAAUCUACUUGCCAACGCUAGCAAAGAUGGAGCACCGUUCUGGGACAUUGGUUCUUUUGAUCGAAACAUCUUUGCGGAGUUCGAUCCGAACAACACCGCUCUUGUAGCACACAAGACGAACGAGUCGGCCGAAAUUGUCAGCGCUGCGGCCGAGCCUAGGAUCCUGAGUGAUCUCCGCAAGUUUCAGGACAGUGGUCGCCAUGACAAGUCCUCACAACCAGUUUCGGCAGAGACACCUCAGCCGAGUAUUGAGAUGCCUCCCCCUGGCUUCCCGCAACUCGAAAGGCUCUUCGAAGAGUUUGGAGAAGAUGCCUUGAGCGGCCACCACCAUACCAAAGACAUCGUGCCCAGUCAAGAGCAGAUCGAUCCGGUACCUACAUGGCCCACACGGCUACUCAAUGACCAUAAGCGGCGACUGAUACAGAAAUCGCCACAGGUCUCCCGGCGUGCACUGCCUGGUAUUCGAGCAGUCAUCGCUGAAGCGAUCUCCCAAGGCUUUCGUCCUACGGAUCCAGAUCUUCAAGGGCUUAUCGUUGACAUCGAGUCUCGAGAGCAAUCUGAAGCAGCGCCUGUGCAGAUGUCUGAGGAAGUCUCCGUUGCUGAAGACAGCCAAAAGGUAGUCUCAAAAACGCAGGAGUCCAACCAUGGCAAGAUACGGAAUAGAGAGCAACAUGCUCCUAUUCGAAUGUUCAACAAGCCGAUCGAACCGUCGAGGAAGAAGCGCAAGGUCGAUGCGACCACACUCAGUAUCACAGGUCCAUCGCGCUCAACGGAGAAGCCGACCCGCACUCACAAGCUGAAUCUCAGCAUCUCUAGCUUUUCGAGAUUACAGCUCAAGCAAAACAAGUCCAAACCGCUAAAGCAGAAGAUCUCUCAACACGCGGCAGCAUUUCCCAUCGACCCAGAGCCUCUCCCACCUCACCCGAGCGGUUCCAAAACCCUAGAACCGCACCAGCAGCUUCCUCCUGGCGCAUACUUCGAGCCCAACUCCCCAUCUGAGAAGCUCGUCUGGCCCUGCGAUAUCAACCAUGCUAUGGGCCACUACUACAAUGCCGGCGACCGCAAGAACUGCCCUGGGUGCUUCACCGCAUUCUCCGACAACAUCAACGCUAAAGUCAUGGACUUCUACCUCCCCUCGCGCACACACUUCCACCAACCAAAUCCCACCCGCUGGCGGCCCAGCAAACCCUUCGGCCGCUUCGGUCGCGCCCGCCGCUCCGCGCACCUCAGCCACAACAGCAUCGCAAAGGAAGCAUACUGGCCUGCCAUUAUCGCCGGUGCAAACGAUGAUGAUGCGCGUCAGACCGCUGUUGAUGCUGUAAUCGAGCAACUCAAGCCCAAACCACGCAAAGAGCCCACCCCUGAACCCACACCCUCACCACCGCCCGAUCUCGGCCCCCACCUCUCCAACUCGUCAACAAUGGAGCACGGCCAAGACCUGCCCUUAUGCGCAUACUUCUCUGCGCGCUCGUACCACGAAGAGUUCGCCUGGCGGUGCGACAUCAACCACGCUUUGGGUCGGUACUACCUCGCUGGCGACAAGCGGACGUGUCCGGGUUGCGGGAGCAAUAAGAGUGAGUUGGGGAAGCAUACGGAGAUGGAUUUCUACAUGCCGCUGGGCGUGAUGGUGAGGCAAGAGGUUAGGAUGGCGAAGUGGAAGGCGCGGAAGCCGUAUAAAAUGAGGGAGGGAGACAAGGGGAGGGGCGAAGGGAAGAGUGUAAGCCCGAGUCAUAAUCAGAUUGCGAGCAAGAAGUACUGGGAGGCGAUUGAUGCGGGCAAGACACAAGAGAAUGCUCUGAGCUUCGCGAUUGAGGAGACGGAUAGCUAUUUCGAUGAGAAGGAAGACGAGGCGGCGAGGAAGAUGGAAAAGCGCAACAAGGCCGAGGAGACGAAGAGUGAGAAGGCACUUCGCAAAUUCGACGCUCGGACGUCUCGAAAACAGCCAACUACUGCUGACUCCGAGCAGUCAGACGACGACGAAGGCGCGGGCUAUAUUAUCUCCUACGGCAGAAAUGCGAAUCAUGAAGAUCUCAGUGACGAGGAGAUGGACCACGCGGAAGCGUACGAGAUAGAACACGAGAUGAACGGUGCUAGUCUGGUGGAAGAUGUGGUCGAAACCUCUUCUGAUGAUGAGACGAGCUCUGUGUCGGAUAGCGAGUGA